UGAGUGCUGAUUUCAUUUUGGCAUCAAUUAAAAUUUUACGUUCAAAAAACAAAAUAAAGCUAUUUAGUAUAAUAUACUAUAGAAUAAUGUGUAAUAUAAUACUAGUAUGGCUACGUUUGUUUAAUUUAAACUUGUAGUUUUAUUGGUGUUCACGCAAAUCUGGCAUUUGAAACUUUUUUCGGGACGAAAAGGAAUGGUGCAACUAACCAAAGCUUAAAUUUUCCUUCUGGAGUGCGUUAGUCAAGGAUGUGUUAAUCUCGAGAUAAUUCUAUCACCACAAUUGGACACAUCAUAUACCCGGACAAGCAUAUUCUAUUAGGCACCAAGGACCGCCUAUUAGGCAGUAGACCCCGUUUCAGCAAUGGCUAUGUGUCGAACGUGCGGCGAUUUUCCAACAGACCGGGAGAAGCUCGCGCAGAGUUUGCAAAAGUAUUACGAUAUCUACUAUAAUUUGACUUCGAUUAAGCUUUCGCCGGACGAGGAUCCUGAUCGUCAACGAAUAUGUGACGACUGUCACCUAAAGUUGUUAGAAUAUAACCGAUUCAGGGCCGUUUGUUUGCAGGUUCACUACAAGUUGACUGUAAUCAAAACUGAAAGAGAGGUAGAACAUUCUGAGUCAACACCGGAAGAAUGUGCACCUGUCGUGGAAAUGCUAAAAGUUGAAUGUUUGGAUGCUGCCGACGAAGCUUCUAAUGCGACAAAUGAAUUUGAAGUGGAACUGACAGAUUCAGCUGCAAAACAAGAAUCGGAUCAUCAACAGUUGUCGCAGGCAAGUGGGGCGAGCGAUUCGGAAUGUGAUAAAUUAAGUAAACCGAAGGCAAAACGGAGAAAGAAGAAAUCUAAAAAACAGACCGAAGUUUGCGACAUAAAAGAACAGUUGAUCGAUUGUACUUUGUGUAAAAAGAAAUUUCGCACCGAGGCCCGCCUUGCAGGUCACAUGCGUACGCACCAGGGUCUCAAACCGGCCCUCUGCACUUACUGUGGUAAAGAUUUCCAAAAGUACAUAAGCCUGAAAUUUCACAUCCAACAAAAGCACUCAGAAAAGCAACUGAAAUAUCCGUGCGAUUAUCCGGGUUGUGAACAGGUUUACUCAACCAAGCAAGGCAUGACCAACCACAAGAAAAGACACGAUCCAAAUUUCAUUAUGCCGGAACCGAAGCACAGUGUGUGCGAUCAGUGUGGAAAAACAUUUUCCACUAGUGGAGCACUAAAGAAACAUAGUUACAUACAUACCGGUGAUAUGCCCUUCGAAUGUACGCUAUGCAAGAAAAGACUUCCAACAGCUCACAAGCUUAAAGAGCAUACCAUGAGACAUGAGGGAAUUAAAAAUCACGUGUGUCCGUACUGUGGUCAAAAGAAGACAACUCGGCAUGAGUUGAAAGUUCACAUGAAUUAUCACACUCGUGAGAAGCAGUUUACGUGCCACGUUUGCGCUCAAGUGUUUUCCAAUAUAGGCAACAUGAGUAGGCACAUUAAAAUUGUUCACUGCGGCAUUAAGGCAUUCAACUGCAAAUUUUGCGAUCGGUCUUUCGGGAAAGCUGAAACACUGAAGCAUCACGUAAUGACUCACACAGGUGAAAAGCCGCAUGAAUGCACAGUCUGUGGGAAGCGAUUCAUCCAGCAAGUUGCUUUGCAGACGCAUAUGAAAACUCAUAGAAAGCAGGAACGCUCACAUACUACGAUGGCUCAUACAGCACACACAUCGCAGCAACAACUAUUACAAGCUGCAAUUCAGCCUAUGGCGCACAUGUCGCAUACACAACAGCAAAGUUCACACCACUCGGCGGCGGAUGCUUCGCCCGUUUGUUUGGGUGGUUUCAUAAACUAAUUCUAAAGAUUAGUGAUUUGAGCCCUUAUUUAUUUAGAAAUACAGUAUUAUACGCAGAGCA